AUGUUAGAAGAUUACGCACUCAUCUCCAUUCAGUUCGAGGCUAGUUGUUACUCAUAUUUACAGGUGCUCUUUGCGACGCUCAUCAGUUUCCUUAUCGAACAAUCGUCAUGCGCCUUCGGUAUGAUGCUCGCAUGCAUCUCACCUUCUUAUCCGGUGGCAGCAUCGGUAGCUGGCCCUAUUCUCACGCUGCUUUCACUUACGGGUGGAUUAUAUGCGAACGUUGGCUCACUGCCGACCUACAUCGGUUGGAUACAGUAUCUCAGUUGGUUCAGGUACGAAUAUAUGGGUUCGAAGCCUUGGCUAUUAACCAAUGGACUGAAGUCAACAAUGCGAAUUCCACCGUUUGGAACGAUCAGCGACGAGACGAAGUACUGGCGCAGUACUCGUUUCAAAGCUGAUCGUUUCAUUCUCGAUCAGUUUUUGAUGGUGGCAUUCAUAUUCGUGUUCUACUUGAUAGGAUAUGUUGGAUUAUCGAUAAGAAUCUAUCGGUCGCGAUAG